AUGGCUCAAGGAAUCAUCUACACACUAGGCAUCAUAAUCGCCAUUCUCCUCCUCCUGAUCUUCCUCCGCUCCGUGCUCCUCCGCCGCCAGCGUCUCGCCAUCGCAACACUCUCCCACCCCCCGCAUCACUCCCGACCACCACCUCCCGUCCCAGACGCAGGAAUGGACCUCGUCCGUCCCGAACCGGCGGUUACAACCCCCCACCUCCGCGCCUACCGCCGCCCCCACGACGAGCAGCUGCCGCUGUAUGAAGCGCCGCCGCCCGACUACGACAUGGUUCCAAAAUAUGUCGAUCUUGAGCGUGGAGAUGGUGGGGCGCGCAGUGGACGUGGGAGUGGGAGUGGGGACAUUGGCGAGUCAUCGGCAUCGGCAUCGGCAUCGGCGGUGCCGCCCCCAGGGUACACGCCUCAGAGUGGGCCGGGGCCGGGGCCGGGACAGGCGCCGGUGAGUGUGCCGGUUGCAGCAGCAGCACCAGCUCCAGCGCCUGGUAGAGGAGGGCUGUUUAAUGUUGAUGUCAGGAGGGCUUGGGGUGGGUUUGGGAGGUAG